UAUCAGUCUAUUGAUUGCUCCUUCAUAACGGCUGUCGUAUUAGCGCAAAAUGAGUUUUUUAAAUCAAGUGGUUCUAGUAACUGGUGCUGGAUCUGGAUUGGGAGAAGCCAUUGCACUGCAUUUUGCGAAAUUGUCAGCAAGACUUUCAUUAGUGGAUGUUGAUUCAAAAUCUUUGAACAAAUCUGCUGAUAACUGUGAAAAAGUAAGCAAGGCGAAGGUGUUCAGAAUAACGGCAGACUUAACCAAACUUGAAGACGUCCAGAAUGUUGUAGAAAUAACUAAAAAGCAAUACGGGAAAAUCGACGUUGUUGUCAAUUGUGCUGGAAUAUGCAGAUCUGGAGGAAUCCUAGAUUCUGGUCUCAUGGAUAGUUACGAUGCUAUAGUAUCUAUCAAUUUAAGAGCUAUAGUUGCAAUGACAUCUACUGUUGCGCCUAUCUUGGCUGAAAGUAAAGGAAAUAUCGUCAACAUUUCUAGCGUUUUAGGAAAUAUACAUGCAGGCAAUACACUAAUGUAUAAUACUGUGAAAGCUGGACUUUCAUACUUCACGAAGUCAGCGGCUUUAGAACUAGCCCCCGAAGGAGUAAGAGUGAACGCAGUCUUGCCUGGUUCUACUAGGACAAAUUUACUUAAAAACUUUGGAAGAUCUCAAGCUGAAAGUGAUGCGUUUUUUAAAUAUUGUGAGAAAAUAACACCUCUUAAGCGUAUUGUAACACCUGAAGAGGUGGCUUCUACUGUAGCGUUCUUAGCAAGCGAGAAAGCUGCUGGCAUAACCGGUGUCAAUUAUGUUAUGGAUGCUGGUCUGUCUUUGCGUGCUGAAAAACCAUAA